GAUAAAGCGUCCUCGUUUUUAUGAGGAUUUCUGAUUACGUGACAACCUUUUUUCAUAACUGCUAUUCGGAUUCAAAGCCACCGUGGACAAAUAUGAUGUGUGCAAAUUAGAUUUUUUUUUGGUGUGCCACACGACGGUGUUAAAAACAGCCGCUUGAAUGAUCGACGUUUUCGGUUGGCUCUUGCGUUCGGUCUCAGUCAACUUUCAAUACCUACUCGCAAUGUUUAAUAGCCAGGUUGAAAAGCCCUGAAGGUCUUUUGACACUUGGUGUUGUUAUAUAUCCUGUGUAAUAUCUUAGUUUUCUCAUUAAAAUUCAGAUUAGAUUGGAUAAGUUAGAGCUAAGCUGCAGUUUUUCGGCGUCACUUGCUAGUCACGGCAUCCAGCCCGGUAAAAAUAUGGCAAAAGUAGGGAACGGUCACAUUCGUGGAACUUGAAUGGAUGAUACUUCAAAAUGACAGAAGAAGACCAAAAUGCGAUUAUUCCGGAGCAAGCGCCGUUAGAAAAUGUCCUUAAUAAUACGGAGCUUUCAUUUCCCGCGAAACGCCAAGGUCGAUAUCUAGAGCGCAACAGAAGGUUUUUUGUUGUGCUGCUAACGAUCGCGGGCCUCUUAGUUGGCUUUAUCUUUGGUUAUUUUAUCCAUGAAAGCAAGCGUUUGAGGGAUUCUAGGAGGGAAGAAUGGUACCAUGUAUAUCAAGAAAUGAUCAGCACAAAGCGAUUGGAGGAGAACUUAAGGUUUUUCACAAGCAAGCCCCACAUUGCUGGCGACAGGCGACAGAAGGAGCUUGCAGAGUUACUGCAGGCUCAGUGGAAGUCAUAUGGGUUCGACUCGGUGGAGAUGCCCGAGUACGAGGUCCUGCUUUCCAUGCCACAAGUCGACCACCCCAAUAAAGUCGAGAUCGUCCAGAAUGGCACAGUGGUCUACGAGACAGCGGGGCAGUACAAUACCACCGCAGGCCCGACAGACAAGCAACCCUUCUUGUACACACCUUACUUCCCGUAUUCAGGCAACGGAACGGCCGAGGGAGAACUCGUCUUUGCCAACCAUUGCCAGGACAAUGACUUUACAGAGCUUGCGAACUUAACUAUCACCGUCAAAGGCAAGAUAGUCAUCUGCAAGUCUAUCGGAAGUUCGGUCCUACGAGCAGCCAUGUAUGGUGCCAUAGCGGUGUUACUCUACCCUGAUCCCGAGAUCACCAGUAAACUUGGCACCCGCCCACAAGACACUUUCCCAAACACUCCAUGGAACCCUGCAGACGCCGUCUUCGAGAAGCCCUUGCGGUACAUAUUCGGUGACCCACUCACUCCGCACUUUCCCUCAAUCCCUGGAAUGUACAGGAGACCACUGAAUGAGUCGAAACUGCCAAGUAUUCCGGCUCAACCAAUCUCCUUCGAAGAGGCCAAACACAUCCUCAGUAGAAUGAAAGGAGAGGAAGUGCCAUCUUCUUGGAAAGGGGCCCUGAAUAUAACCUACAGGCUUGGUCCAGGCUUCGAGUCUCCAAACACAACGGUGCGUUUGACUAUCAACAACCAAGUAAACGUGCAACCCAUCUAUAAUGUCAUCGGCACAAUCACAGGCAGCAACGAGCCAGAUCGCUACGUACUGAUAGGCAACCACAGGGACGCCUUCCUGUAUGGAGCCGUCGAUCCUUCAAGUGGAACAGCCACCCUUGCAGAGAUGGCAAGAGUCAUGGGUAACCUUCUCAAGUCCGGUUAUCGGCCACGGAGAACCAUUAAGUUCUGUAGCUGGGGAGCGGAAGAGUUCGGCUUGAUUGGCUCUGUCGAGUGGGUGGAGGAGCAUUCAAAGAUUCUUUCGGAUCGAGCCAUAGUCUACUUGAAUACGGAUGUGGCAGUUGGUGGAAAUUUCGUGCUGGUUGCACAGUCGUGCCCGUCGUUUGCGAAGUUUAUUUUCUCUUGGGCAAAGAAGAUACCUGACCCAAACGCGCAAAACGGAAAGACCUCCAUGUACGAUAUCAUGGUGGAGAGAACACCGUCUAAAACGUACAAAGGCAAGCCCCAAGUGGUGCCAUACCUUUACAUGAGCGACUACAUCCCCUUCUAUAAUAGCAUUGGAGUCCCAUCCGCAGAUUUUAGCUAUUUCUUUGGGCACAACAACAAGAUGGAGUUGUAUCCCGUAUAUCACACACAACACGAUAACUUCUACUGGAUGAAAACCUUCGUUGAUCCAAAAUUCGAGUUCCAUAAAACCAUGGCGAUGUUCCAAGGCGGAAUGUUGCUGGAGCUUGCGGACAUGGAUGUGUUACCUUUUGACUUUGCUAGAACCGCAGAGAGUUUGGAACGGCUCUUUCCUCUCUUAUCCGCCUACAAAUCAACGGGUAUGAAAGUGGACCCAAUCGUUAAAGCCAUUGUUAAGUUCAAAAACGCCUCCAAAUCUUUUGUUGAAGCGAAGGCGCAGCUCACUGGAAAAGAAGAUCCCAUUUACCUUCGUAUGGUAAACGAUCAGAUGCUCCAAGCGGAAAAGGCGUUUGUGCGAGCGGAUACCUACUCGUCCGACAGUAUUACCAAGAAUGUCGUCAGCCCUAGAGGGUACUUCCCCGGGAUCCACGAGGCUAAUCUAUUGGCAAAGCGUACACACAAUUAUGAGGAAUUGAAGAAACAAUUAUCCGUUGUUACGGCAGCCAUUAACUCGGCUGCAGAUUUUCUCAAGCCGUUCCCGCCACCAGGCACGAGUGAUGCUCACACAGUAAGUGUCCCUGGGAAGAUGAUUGUCCUUCUAGCAGUUGGCUUACAAGUGCUUUUGUUCCAUAGAUAGAAGAAUGGCAUUGGUUGUGUUUGGCAGAGUCUUCUUUUGAUUUCUGCAAUGACACUUGUUUUGACAAUUCCCAAGACAGCCAGGACAAAAAGUAUAACCAUGGCUAUCCUGCUUUGGCACGAGGGGGGCCUAUAGUGAAACGUUUCUAUAUGAGCCAAGCUUCGCAUCAUAUCAGGACUGUAUCUAGAAAUCUUAAUAAGGGCGAACGCGGGCGGGAAGGAGGGGGGUAUACAUCCCAUGUAUGUAUCUAUGUAUCCACCCCUUUCUUCUGCUUACCGUGAACCGUUGUGUGACCUCUGAUGAUCGCGUGACGCUCAGGAGAGAAUAGUAUUGAAAUAGGACGUGUCGUAGCGUCCAUAGGGAGCCGGGCGUGCCCUCAGUUUUUAAGAAAUAAGAAAAUGACUCGUAGGGGCGGCUGUGACCCUAAGCCCCCCUCCCCAAUCUAAGAAUUUUGAGACCUACUACGGAACUGAGUACUAUCGUUAUUAAAUGAGAGCGAACCAAUGGAGAUCCUGCCAAAUUUGCUCUUUCAUUUCUCUUUAAAAUCUGCUCUUUCAUUCUUACAAAAUUUUGAAAAUGUCACUCAUGAUUGCCUUUUCGAGAUUUGUCUUCACAUUAUCGCAACAAAUAGAAAACAUUGUAUUAAAUCUCAGAUUUAUACAUCCAUAGUGAUGUAAUUUGUAACAUACACGUCUGUUAUAUGUAUAAUAUCUUUACUAACUUUAUACCAAACUUGCCCUCGAGUGA